AUGGCUUCAACGAGUGCUGCGCUAUACUCAAGCGAAGAUAACAUGAGAAUAAAGGUCGGAGGCAUAUCGUAUCUCCUUGUUUCUAGCGAGCAGAACUACCUCGCCGAGAUCACAACUAGUGUGAUCACUUUCCAGCCUGUGUUUGUUUACAAAGUCUCGCCUGGAGACCACGUUACCCAAAAGAACAUAACGGAAUAUCUGGACACUUCCGCAAGGCACGAUGACAUCUACAACUCAUCUUUCUCAAGCUACAUCGUAUUUCUUGGUAGCAGCCAAUGA